AUGAAUGGGAACUAUGGCAACAACGAUAGACUCCUAUCCCCUACCCAGGCUGUGGGCCCGGGCGGGAGACAAAUCAUGGAGGGAUACAGGAAAGACAUCAUGAAUGGGUUCGCGCAGGACCAGCCGCGAUACAAUCCUUUGAAUGUAGAUCGGACACAAAGCUCACCUCACGUCGACCUCAAGGACCCCAUUCAAGUGCACCUGCUCACCGAGACGGCCCUGACGGACAGCAAAGAAUGGGAGAUCCUGGCGCAAGAAGAGGUGGACGACCUCAAGAAGCAGAUCCAGUCGUUGACGGUACGCAUCGAGCAGGCGCGGGCAAAUCUGGCCAUACAGACGAAGUACCGAGAUGCCGCGAUAUCAAUGUCCAAACUAUACACAGCUGGGAAAAGGGGAAACCGAGCCACAGUUGACCCAAAUGCCCAAGAGACAGCGGUGGAGAGACAAGAAAGCGAACGGAGAUGUGAGGAACUGGCGACGGAGCUUUUCAACCUGGAGAAAGAGAUAUUGGCACCGCAGCGCCGACUGCUCCAACAUACCGCUGCAAUCCUGCAACUUACACACAAGGCGUCGUCGAAAAGAAAGCAACCUCCGGCCAUGCUCAACGGUAUGCCCGGAAGCCCGGAGAGUCUUUACACCUACACAAAUGGGCGAAAUAGCAUGCAAUUUCCCAGCGAUGACCUGGACCGGGACUUAUACUUCCCUCUCGAUGAGCCUGAGGGCUUUGGCCGGUCACUGAAGAGCGAUAUACCGAUACCACCCCGGUCACCCGUCCGGGAGCGCUCGAAUCAGCUGCGCGACGAGGUGGAAACUCUGAAAAAGCAGACCUCUGGGCAGUUGGAUGUCAUCACUAAUACGGAGCGAAGUCUCGAAGAUCUCACCAGCCGUCUUCGAGAUUUGGUGGUUCAAAUGAACCCUACGAAGAAUGGAGGAUACAGGCCAGCCCCUUCCGGAAAUUUUGAGCCCGGCGAGUUGGUCAACACUCAGCUCGCUUACGUUGCUGAGUGCCUAUCAACUAUUCAGCGGGAUCAGCAAGGACAGUCGAGCUUGUUGGCGGACAGCGCUAGGAAAUCUGACAACUCCGCGGGUUUACUGCUUCAGGCUGAGGACAGGUUGGACUUGUUGAGUCGCCAGGUAUACCAAGCCGUACGAGCCAUCGACGAGGAUCAACCGGGUCCGCCUCUGGGUGCAGAUUCGGGAAUUCAGGAGCGGUUUGACUGGAUCGAGUCAGCGCUUCCAGUGAUUCAGAGGCCAGUGGCCAAGGAUUCCUCCGCGAUACAAGAUGCCGAGCAGAUCGAGACUGUUCUUGUUGGGUUGUGGGAUAUCAUACAAUCAGGAUACGCUGAUAUCAACAGACAACGGGAGGCCCGGAGAGAAGUGCGACUAGGAAAAGGAAUGCCAGACGACGAUGAUGAUGUGUCCGCGGAUGAGUCUUUCGACUUUGAGGAGGCCUACUCCUUGAAUGCAUUCUCGACAAAAGUGCAGUGGUUGUUCCGACAAGCAACAAGCCUCAAGGAGCAAAAGUCGGUGCUGAAGAGACAAAUCAGACAGCAGCGCGACCUGAAUAGCAAAACGGAUACCGAGAAGGACGUGGAGCUAAGAACUAAGGUGGAGGAGCUGAACCGCACCAAGAAUCUUUUAGCAUUCUGCGAGGAGAGUGCUCAGCAGUCAAAGACGGAGGCUGCAGAAGCUCAAGAGAAGCUGGCACGGGCCCUCGCAGACCUGGACUCAUUGCAGGUUACGCAAACAGCUAACGAGACUGCUGCAACCUCAGCUGUUCAGGAUCAGCUUCGGGAGCGGAACGCCAAAAUCGUGUCUCUGGAAUCUGAUACUAAGGCACUGCAGGACAAGCUGGAGAUUAUAGAGGCCCAGCUGGGCAGUAUGAAUGAGCAGCUGAAAGAGGCGGACGACGCCAAACAAGCAGCAGAGAAUGAGAAGUGGAAGCUUGAGGAGCAGAUGAGGGUCAAGGAUGAGGAGAUGGAGCAGCUCAACGUAUCUAUGAUCGAGACCAAGACGGAGUUGACCAUCGCCAAAGCAGAGCUUGAGGGAGCCUACGGGUCUCGCUCGGAGCGGGCGGCCGAGGCGGCCGCACUGACGAAGAGCUCUCAGAUGCAGAGCAUGGUGCAAGAGUCGGAGAAGCUCAAGGCCGAGCUGGCCGCCACAUUGAAAGAUCUCGAGGAGCUGACCAAGGAGACGCUCGCGUCUGAGAAGGAGAAGGUCGACCUGGAAGGCCGCCUGGACGAGGCAGAGGCGACGAGGUCGACGCUCGAAGCAGACAUCGCCGCGCUGAGGACCAGGUACAACUCAGAGGUCACGAAGCUUAAGGAGCAGCUGGACGCCGAGAAGUUCAAGGCAGGGCCGAAUGCCUCGGGUACGGGCCCCAGGGCUGGCGCAACUAUGCUCAGCGAGCAGUUCAGGGCGACGAUGAAGGAGGAGAGAAAGAAAUUCCAGGAAGACCUCAGGGAAGAACAAAACAAGCGCAGGAAACUGGAGGACGAGCUCCGAGCGCUCAAGAAAACCGCCGGGCCGGUCAAGAGUCCGCUCACUCCGCGGUAA